ACAAGUUCUCCUUAGCUGUUCGGAUAAAAGAUAUUUGGAUGGAGACUGAAGCAGAUUUAUUCUAUCGCUUGCUGCCUAAAGUGGAGCUCCAUGCUCAUCUUAAUGGCUGUGUUAGCUUCGAAACUAUGGAGCGACUCAUUGCUCGCAAACCACAUUUAAACAUUGAGCACAGCAUGACUGCGAUUCGUGCCGGACAGCGCCGAACGCUGGAUGAAUGCUUCCAGGUUUUUAAAGUGAUUCACCAGCUGGUUGAUACGGAAGAGGAUAUCCUCAUGGUUGCCAAAGCGGUUAUCCGUGAGUUUGCAGCUGAUGGUGUGAAAUAUUUGGAAUUAAGGAGUACGCCACGUAGCGAAGAAAAAACAGGUCUAACGAAGACAAAAUAUGUUGAAACAGUUUUGGAAGCCAUCCGACAGUGUAAGCAAGAGGGUGUGGACAUAGAAGUGAGAUUUCUCAUAGCUGUAGACCGGAGGAAUGGACCAGAGGUUGCUAUGGAGACUGUAAAAUUGGCAGAAGACUUUAUGCUCUCUAGUGAUGGAUUGGUGGUUGGACUGGACCUCAGCGGAAACCCAGAGGUGGGCCACGGUAAAGACCUACUCCCUGCACUGCAGAGGGCCAAGAACAGCGCACUGAGGCUGGCCUUACACAUGUCAGAGAUCCCCUCUCAGAAGGAGGAGUCAGAGCUGUUCCUGACCUUGCCGCCUGACCGGAUUGGUCACGGUACUUUUCUCCAUCCUGGGGUUGGAGGGUCGGACAGUUUAGUCAAUAAAGUACGGCAGCUUAAUGUUCCCCUGGAAUUGUGCUUGACCUCUAAUGUCAAAGGUCAGACAGUGCCCUCAUAUGAUAAACAUCAUUUCUCCUACUGGUACCAGCGAGGACACCCUUGUGUUAUUUGUACUGAUGAUAAGGGUGUAUUCUGCACUGAGCUGUCUCAGGAGUACCAGCUGGCUGCCACCACAUUUGGCCUGAGUCCCGAGGCCGUAUGGACUCUUUCUCAACAGGCCAUCAGAUAUAGUUUUGCCCCCGAGUGUAUAAAACAGCAGCUGGAGCAGAGGUGGAUGGAGCUCCGGCCUCAGGUCUUACAGGGAUAG